GGCGAGGAGGCACAGAUGCAUAGGGAGGCGACGCUUACGUCACCGGCUGCCGGAUGGGAGCGCGUCUGUGCGCUUGGAUACGGGGAGAUGGCGGACUGCUGCUUAUGAAUAAGCAAAAAAGAAAACGGAAAAGAGAAGCCGUCGUACCGGGACAGCAGCCAUGGCCAAAAAAACAAAAAUGAUAUGCUGAGGUGCUAUCGGGAGCUGAGAAACGCUCCUUUGAAAAGUAACGUUGUUUUCAUUAUUUUUAUAGUCUUGAAUGGAUGUGAAAUAAAGUAAAGGUAGGAUGCACUUUUGUUAGCAACAAAGGGAAGGUGUCGCUAGAAGGAAACGUACAGCGUUUGUAUUGCGCCCGGCUUGCCUCAAAGUCCAGGCUAUGGCUGCGGAAGGACUGCCGGACAAUGUGGAUCAGUAUAAAACGGAGAUCGAACGACUGGUCCGGGAGCUUGCGGAAACGAAUCAAGAGAAAAUCAGGGCUGCGGAGUGCGGGCUGGUGGUGCUGGAAGAGAACCAGACACUGAAGCAGCAAUUCCGAGACCUGGAGGCAGAAUGUGACACAUUGAAACAGGAGUUGGAGCAGCUGAAAGAGGCAUUUGGUCAAGCCUACUCCAUCCAGAGGAAAGUUGCAGAAGAUGGUGAAACACAAGAAGAAACAUUACUGCAGGAGUCAGCCUCAAAGGAAGCAUACUACAUGGGCAAAAUCUUGGACCUUCAAACAGAUCUGAAACAGAACAACAUCAUUUUGUCUAAUGUUCAGGCAGAGAAUGAGCGACUUAAUGCAUUGCUUCAGGAUCUGCGAGAGAACAACGAAAUGCUGGAGUUGCAGAGAAUUAGGUUGAAGGAUGAAAUCAGAGAGUAUAAGUUUCGGGAAGCAAGACUACUUCAGGACUAUACAGAACUGGAGGAGGAAAACAUCACCUUGCAAAAACUGGUAUCCACACUGAAACAAAAUCAGGUAGAGUAUGAAGGACUGAAGCAUGAGAUCAAGUGCCUAGAGGAGGAAACAGUACUACUUAAUAGCCAACUGGAAGAUGCCAUUCGACUAAAAGAAAUUUCUGAGAGCCAAUUAGAGGAGGCCCUGGACACUCUUAAGAAUGAGCGUGAGCAAAAGAACAACUUACGGAAAGAACUGUCACAAUACAUCAGUAUGAAUGACAGUAUGUACAAUAACCACCUAAAUAUAUCAGUAGAUGGACUAAAAUUUAAUGAAGAGGCCAACAGUGUAUCCAGCAAUGAAGAUAAAUGUAAUGGUCAUGUUCAUGCACCCCUUGUUAAGCUCAACGGAGACUAUCGUGCUUCCACAUCCAGGAAAGGAGAAGCACUGCAUCCAGUGUCUGAUCUUUUCAGUGAACUGAAUCUUUCAGAAAUACAAAAGCUCAAACAACAGCUAUUACAGGUGGAACGAGAAAAGGCAAUUCUCCUCUCAAACCUUCAAGAAUCCCAGAUACAACUGGAGCAUACAAAAGGAGCACUAACAGAGCAGCAUGAGCAUGUACACCGUCUCACAGAACAUGUCAACAGCAUGAAGCAUUUACAGACUGGCAAAGAUCCAAAGAUGGACCUGGACAUGGAAAAAUCUGCUUGCGACUCUGCUGACGAUAGUCAUGAGUAUGAAGUGGACAUUAAUGGGCUAGAGAUUUUAGAAUGCAAGUACAAAGUGGCAGUCACUGAGGUGAUUGACCUCAAGGCUGAACUAAAGGCCAUAAAAGAAAAGUAUAAUGAGUGUUUGGAAGGCUAUACUGAUGAAAAGACUAAAUUGGAAGCUAAAAUUCAUGUUUUGGAUGAACAGGUGAGCCGUAUGGAAAAGUCUAGCAAAGAAAGUACUGAACGGAUGGCCUUCUUAGAAAAUGAGCUGCAAACAGUGACUGGUUUGGCUAAUGAGAACCAUAACACUCUGAACACUGCCCAGGAUGAGCUUGUCACCUUCAGUGAGGAACUUGCUCAGCUAUAUCACCAUGUCUGUCUUUGCAACAAUGAGACCCCAAACAGGGUCAUGUUGGAUUAUUAUAGGCAGAGUAAAGUAACUCGUAGUGGGAGUCUAAAAGGUCCUGAUGACCCUAGGGGGCUCCUUUCACCACGGAUUGCUCGUAGAGCUAUAGUGACACCAUCAGAAUCCAGAUUUUAUUCAGAACAGGCUGCAAAAGACUCCAGUGAGACUAACAAAGACCAGAGCCAAAGUCCAACUCGAACACCCAUUGUAUCCCCUGUAAUAACUGCUCCACCUUCUUCGCCAAUUAACGAAUCCAGUGACCACCGCAAAGAACCCAUGAACAUUUACAAUCUUAAUGCCAUUAUCAGGGACCAAAUCAGGCAUUUGCAAAAGGCUGUUGACCGAUCACUUCAGCUUUCACGUCAACGUGCAGCAGCAAGGGAGUUGGCCCCUAUGGUUGACAAAGAUAAGGAGGCAUUGAUGGAGGAAAUUCUUAAAUGCAAAUCUUUACUCAGCACAAAACGGGAGCAAAUUGCCACACUACGAUUGGUCUUGAAAGCUAACAAGCAGACAGCAGAGGUGGCUUUGGCCAACCUUAAAAGUAAAUAUGAAAAUGAAAAGUCAAUGGUAACAGAGACUAUGAUGAAAUUACGCAAUGAACUGAAAGCCCUUAAGGAAGAUGCUGCAACUUUCUCAUCACUAAGGGCAAUGUUUGCCACCAGGUGUGAUGAAUAUGUGACCCAGCUGGAUGAGAUGCAAAGGCAACUGGCAGCAGCGGAGGAUGAAAAGAAGACUCUCAAUUCUUUACUCCGAAUGGCAAUUCAGCAGAAAUUAGCAUUAACUCAGAGGUUGGAAGAUUUGGAAUUUGACCAUGAGCAAUCACGUCGCAGCAAAGGCAAGAUGGCUAAGAUCAAGAGCAGCACUCCUAAAUUUCUUGUAGAUUGUCAGCAGCCUGCUGCCCCAGUACCGCCAUUCUCCUCACAAGUAAGCAGAGGGCAAGACUCUCAAACUGAAAGUCCUAGUGUACCGGUAGCUCUUCAUGAAGAACAGGCACAUUCCAGCUCUCCAUGUGUUCCCCUCAACUGCCUGUCCAAGCCUCCUCCUUGCUCCUAGCCCCCUUGCUCAGCACCAUGAGAGAACAACAUCCAGAUACUGUACUUAAGUCCUAGAAUGGUGUCAAGCAAACUGGGACUGCCAGCAGGCCACAGAUGCCUUCCAUGCUCAGAUGUUUUUUGGCUCUGAAUUCCAGUCACCUGCAGCCUGAAGCAAUAGCAGAAAGAUCAAGGCAAAGUACAGGGCCUAGGCAGGACGGCUUCAUUUUAAGUAAUUUAUGAAGAUUUUUAAUGUAUUUAUUCUCCUGUUCCACAACGUACUUGUCAAAUCUCAUUUGAUCUGACUGGAGACUUGACAUCAAAGAAGCUGCCGAAGCUCCAUUUGGCUACACCACAUAACAACGGUAGAAAACAACGUUCCCAGGGAUCAGUGGAAGAGUUUGAAAAGACAGACUGAACUGUUCAUGUUUAUUCUUUACAUAAAGCAAUGUAGAAAUUAAUGCAGAUGAUUUCUAUCAAAAUGUACAUUAUAUGUACAUUUGAAACAUAUCCAGUUUUCAAAGGUAAAUUAGUGCUUCUAAGAGUUAGUGUUUAGACCUGCUAAAAAUUAAAUGCACUCUGCCUUAUAUUUUAGAAACGUUAUUGGUAGUAUAAAUUUGAUAGUAACUGAAAUGAAACACUUGAUAGAUUAGCCACUGGAAAUUAAGCAAGAGUGUGUACUGAAGUUUUUCUGUCAUUAUGAAUUCCCUUCUGUUAACAGUAUUUAUAGUACUUUAUCUUUAGAAGUAAAUGGUUAUGGUGACGAAUGUCAUGGGAUAGGCAAGAGUGAUGCUGAUUUUUAUUGCACAAAAUAAAUUUAGUAGUGGAGUGAACUUUUUUACUUGGACAAAAUGCCUGAAAUUUUUAGUUGUUAGUGACUGCAUUUUUUAUGCCUAUAUAUGUGUUUUUAUUAUCAUUAUUAUUUAUUUAUUUAUUUAUUUAUCUAUCUGUGUAUGUAUUUAUUUAAAACUCCUUAAGUCAUUUUAUUUAAUGACAGAUUUUUAACAAUAUUAAUCCAAAAGCAACAAGGUUAAUGUUCAAAAAGGUGCUAAAUAAGUUACUUAUCAGUGUAAAGGACUUCAUGCAAACACUCAUGCAACCUUAUGGCCUUUCUGACAAUUUUACUGUCAUUCAUGAACUGGCAGCUGAAUGCUAAUUCCAUAAUUUUGUUCCUCACAAUUUAUGAAACCAACAAAUGUCUAAUA